AUGGAGGCACUCAAGCAGAGCUUCAAGAGCGCGACUCAGCACCUCAGCGAGGAAGAGAAGCGCCACCAGCAAUGCGAGGACAUGUGCGAGAAGGCGAUGGUCACAUGUUCCCGUGUAAAGUUCCUCGUCGACGCCAUUGAGAAAGGAGGCUGCAAAAUCGAGCCCGGGUUCUUCUCCAGCAUCCAUUGCGAGAGCGAAAUUAAUGGCGGGUUCCACCUGGACGACAAAGGCACGCCGGGAGUCGUGUUGUGCCAGAACCACAUCCCAGACCAAGAGUGGAUGGACCGCACCAUGGCGCACGAGCUGAUCCACGCGUUCGACCACUGCCGCAACCAGAUUGACUGGAACAAGUGCGAACACCACGCUUGCAGCGAGAUCCGAGCGGCAGCGCUGAGCGGCGACUGCGAUUGGAAGUACGAGUUCUUCCGCAAGAAUUUCAACGUGGACAAGCAGCACCAGCUCUGCACGCGAAGGCGAGCGAAAUUGUCCAUCGAGCAGAACGAAGCGUGCAAGGGCAGAGCGGACGAAUGCAUCGACAAGGUGUUUGACUCUUGCUACCGCGACUGGUCGCCAUUCCGCGAGAUCCCCUGA